UGCCGGAUUCAGACGCACGGUUUGUACCGCUAUGUUCCGCGCAGUGUCCGACGGCUGGAAGCGGUACUGGUGGGGAACAGGUGCUAUACCGAACAGAAAUAAUCGAUUAGAUGAUAUUUAUCUACGUUUCUACAAUGGGUCCUCUCCUCAAGAUUACGUGGAGUUUCCACUGGCAGAAGCGACUCAACUGUUCAACAUCAAAGAGUUCGACAGAAACAACCCAACCGUUUUGUAUAUCCACGGCUUCAUUGAAACAGCUCAGCAAGAAAGCAUCCAGGUCGUGGUGAGCUCCUACUUGGACAGUAGGCCUGGCACAAACAUUAUACUUCUGGACUGGUCAAACAUGUCACACGGUUCUUACCUGGUCAACGCAGCGAGGAAUACUAAAAAGGUCGGUGCUGCAGCAGCUGAACAAAUAAAAGUACUAGUAGAAAACGGCCUUCCAUUAGAGAAAAUACACAUAAUAGGACAUUCACUUGGAAGCCACGUGGCCGGUUACACAGCAAGAGAACUACAAAAAAGACAUCAGAAAACAGUGAAAAGAUUAACAGCGCUCGAUCCAGCGUUUCCCGCCUUCUACCCCGAUGGAGUGGUGAUGGAGCACAUCAACUCCGAAGACGCGGAGUUCGUGGACGUGAUCCAUACGGACGCAGGCGGGUACGGCGCACCCGUGCGCACCGGCACUGUCGACUUCUGGCCCAACGGCGGGAAGAGUACCCAGCCGGGGUGCCCACGCUUUGCACCUGUUCCGCUUACGGAUGAUAAUUUGUGCAGUCACUGGCGGUCGUGGCGAUUCUACGCGGAGUCCGUAAGAAACCCUGAGGCUUUCCCCGCAUCACCCGCGGAAUCGUACCAGAGGUUCCGUUGCAACCCUACACCCGAGGUCGGCAUGAUCUACAUGGGCUACAAAUGUGAUACUAAAGCAAAAGGUAACUUUUACCUGACGACGAACUCUGCUUCACCAUUCGGAAGAGGCAUCGAAGGAUUGUAUCCCAAGAGCAAAAAGAAACUAUCGCGAAAUUCCAAUGCCAACUAGACUAAACAUAACAUUAACAUACUACGAUUUAGUAUAAUAGUUAGCAGGCUAUAGUAAUUUAAGUAAAUCAAAAUUUUAAAUUAUGAAGAGUCAUCUUCGAAACCUAAUGUGUUCAGAAUGGAAUGUUGGUCACUAUAUUAUUAUGACUAUGAUGAUAGUUAAUACUUCGUCGCCUAUUGUAUUCUUUGAAUGGUUUGUAAAUAUGUAGUUCGAAAUGGGUUGGACAGUUUUCGUUAUUUAAUUAAGGCAUCACGAUUAGUGAAAAAACCCAUCGUUAUACAGGGCUAAGGUAAGUUAGUAUUAAAUUAUAUCACACUGUGUCAAUGUUGUUACCUGUUUCUGUUGUUUUAGUACUUAAAACUUUUAUUUAUUGUCAAUAUGUUAGUUAAGUAAAAAAAGACCUUUGUAGAACAACCCAUUGGAAAAAUGUUUAUAACUUGUUACCUACUUCUUUCUUAUGUUUUUGUUUAAUUAUUUUAACUACAAAGUAUUUUUUGUCAUUACUUUUAUUUAUUUUCACUC